AUGGCGUUGAAAGUCGGGGACAUUCUGAAGCGCUUAGGCCUAAGAGGCGCCAUCAUCCGAUACGGCGAGCAAUGGAAAACCCAAGAGAUCAAAGACCUCGAAGAAGACAUCAGAGCUUUCUAUCAAAAGUACGAGCCUUAUCUGAAAAGGGAAGAGGAGUAUCCCGUCGAGUUCAACACCGACAUUAACGACAUCCUGGAAAAACACGGCCCUGGUCUAUGGCCCGAUGGUCCACGCAGCGAAGAUACUACGCUUUGGCUGUUUCCAGCAGGAGACAUCUCCGAAUACCUUGAGGACAUCUAUUACAGUCGCCACAUUGACAACAACCAAAGACACGCAGAACUCAAGGCCAAAGAAAGACGUGAAGCUGAACUCGCUGCCGCUAACGCCAGCACAUCGAACCAUCUCUCGGACUCUGACUUGACCGACUUCGACAGCCAUGACGAGCCUCCUUCUCUUCUUCACACCAUUAAAUUCGAGCGUGAUGAGAACAGAGCCAAGCUGCAGGAAAUUCUCAAAGGCGAAGAGUUCAACCUAAGAAAGAGAAAGUUGAAAACCGACUCGCCGAUGGGCUCGGCCAAACGUUCGAAGCAAUUGAAAGCUCCAUCUGAGCCUGUCCAACAGGCCUACAAUCAGCAUGUGUCCAGCUGGACCACGACCAACCCCGAAACAAUCAACGUCGCCAGCCCUUCAAACCUUGACAACGGUCACGACCUACUUGUCGCAGCAGCAUCUGGGCCUACUCAUGGUUUCGUGUCGGUCAACCAAGCUGAACAGCACGAGCAGCCGCAGCCCGUGCAAGUCUUAGACAGCGACGAAGACGUACCCGUGCUUGGAAGGACGACCUUAAGCCUGCACUCAAGCGAUGACAGUUCAUCCAACAACGGGAACCACAAUCUUCCCGAUACUCCUGGCGAAGGCGUUCUACACACACAAUACUCACUGCCUCAGGACAAUCCCUUCGACGCACAGAUGACGAAGCCCCCACAGCACUCACAGGUGGAUGCAGAACCUUCAAACACGACCAACGAGACGGCGUCGUCACAGCCUCAAGUCACCGACACAUUCAUUCCUUGGCCUAAACUUAGCAAGAGACGAGCCAAGAGAUCAAAGAACGGUUUACGUCCAAUGCUGGAGAACGAUGACACGGAACUCCCAUCCCAAGAACUACCUUCUACGCCUUCGGCUGACGCCUCGCACCCACACAUCAUAUCACAACAGGAUGAGUCUUUCAUAUCUGUCGAUGGUCACGCCCCCGAAAGCCGGAAGUUGAUGAAAAGAACACAUGUUCGCACUCCGGCACCGGAACCAUCAAACAGCACAACGGACAACACGGCUGCCACACCCAACCACCACGCUACCCAACGUAUCAACAAUCUCACACCUCUCUCAAAUCAGACGCGUACAUAUCAAACUCCUUACGCGGAUGCACAACCACCAGUGCCUGUCCCACAUAUUGUCCCAUCGUCAGUCGAUACUGUUCUUGGUGCCACAAACACUCAUCCCGCACCCAUCGACCCUCCGCACGUAAUGUCUGGUCAAACUCCAACCACCAUGAACAAGCACCUAUCGAUCGACAUGCCUGUUUCGGCAAACAUCAUCACAAGCCACUUUGUCAACACGUUUGUCAAGUGCACUCUGACCUUCAAUGGCCGUAAAAGUGUCAAAAUGCUCAAGCUCGCCGAUUGCUUCGAUGCUGUUGCUUUGCAUCAAACAGUCAACUUCCGCUUCAAAGAAACGCUCUCAGGCCAAGUCCCCUCAGAGAUCACCUUCAUAUUCGCCGAUACCGAUUUCGAGAUCAACACUGACGGCGGUGCUCAAACCCUUUGGGACGAGUUCAUUCAAACCGUUCUCGAUCAGGCUCCUCCAGGCACUUGCCCUGUCGUUGCCACAGUGAAGCUCUGA